ACAGGCACCAACACAGUAUCUGGGCUAGACGGAGCUGUGUGGCGAAAAGAGACAAUCAAAACAUCGCAGCCACCGUCUCCAUCCUUUGGAUCAGCAUUUCCUGCUAAAAAAAAAAAAGAAUAAGACGAGUAAAAAGAAGAAGAAUGAUCUCUUGAAAGGGACCCGGUGUCUUUUACAUUCGAAUGUAUUGAAUGGUCGCCGCCUGACAGGAGCAUCAUCCUGCCGUCCCGUGGAUUUAUCAAGCCGGCAGACGCAUGGAAGGAACAUGGCUGCAAUGAGGACUUUAACCGCGGCGGGUCUCGUCUUGGCCUUUUGCGCCCUGGGCCUGAUCGCGGUGGCCAUCGGCACCGACAACUGGUACGAGACGGACGCCAGGAGGCACCGAGAGCGCUGCAAGAAUUACUCCAACAAGAGGACCGACCCGGGCUACAUCUACAUCUCCAACAACAACCUCCCGCUCCGGAUGCUGCCCAAGUGGCGCGCCGAGGGGAGGCUGCGGGCUCGGCGGCACCUCUCGCCUCCAGCCUCGGCCAUGGAGUCGCUGUGCAGUCGGCAUUUCAACUCCACGGUGACCGGGCUGUGGAGGAAGUGUCACCGUGCGGGCUUCGAUUUGGAGACGGAGGAUUUAAUCUUUAAAGGGUUGGUUGCACGUUGUACACCAAUAAAAUACUACUACACUUCAUCGGCGUUGCCCAGGAACCUGCCAAUCAACCUGACCAAGACGAUAAGGCAGGAUGAGUGGCACGCGCUCCACCUGCAGAGGAUGACCGUCAGUUUCAUUGGCAUGGCCAUAUCCAUCAUCCUGUUCGGGUGGAUGGUCGGCGUGCUGGGGUGUUGGAAGGCACAUGACCUCAUGCAGUACGUUGCUGGACUGCUCUUCCUCAUGGGAGGCACCUGCUGCAUCAUCUCUCUCUGCACAUGUGUGGCAGGAAUCAACUUUGAACUGUCGCGCUACCCUCGCUACAUGUUUGGGAUACCAGAAGACAUCAGCCAUGGCUAUGGCUGGUCCAUGUUUUGCGCGUGGGGCGGACUGGGACUGACGCUGCUGGCCGGGUUCUUGUGCACCCUGGCCCCCUCCCUCUAUCCGCCGCCGCCGCACACCCCUGUGGCCCAUAAGCCCCGGCAGGAGAACGGCUGCGUGUGACGGGCCGACACUAACCCCACAGACAAUGUCAGUGGCCUGCAAUGAGCACAGUUCCGCUGCAGGCCACAUAGAAAGCACAAGAACUUGAAGAAGGGGAACGUUGUUAUUUGACUGGUGCUUUAAUGCCACACCUUCUCCACCAUUGAACUGUUAUUGCUUGCUCUCUAAGAGGACACAAUUCCAAGACAUUUGUAAACACAUUCCUCCUCUACCAUCUGAAUAUAGAACGGAUUAACGCCACCACCUUGAAACCUGUAUUAUACAUUUAAAAAACAAAACAUGUGGAUGUGUACUGUCACAUUUUAAAAGGGCAACUGUCUACCGUUACUCAUUGUGUACUUUUUGAAAAAAGUAUGCAGGUGCAUUUGUGUUGAUUGAAGAGAAAAUAUGGAAAGUCACGUCCAAACUGUGUUCGACUGAAAUGUUUGUUUGUCGUCAACCCCUAUUUUUGAAGAAAUAAAACAGCCAUGCAAAAUGUUCUCUGUCCACCGCAUACUGACGCACACACACACACACACACACACACACACACACACACACACACACACACACACACACACACACACACACACACACACACACACACACACACACACACACACACACACUGUUGUAUUUGUUACCUUCUUGAGACCACCAAAAAUGCCUACCUCUUUAGGACCACCCUUUCUAGAUAUAUAAAGAUUUCUAUUUACAACAUUAAUAAUAUAUACAAACGACGCAAAUAUAAAAAAGGUAAGCUUUUAGUAAUUUUUUUGUUUUUAAUUGGUUUUUAAUCUUCAUUAUUUACUUUAGUUAUUAUAGUAUGUCUCUAGAUACAUAUUUAUUAAUUUUUGAAAUGAAAUUUGGCCAAUUGGGGCACAUUUCAAUUUCUGACAGAGGGGAAGCACUUGCAUUUUUUACACACACUUGUUAUUUCAUAUGUUGACCAGAGGGGGAGCACUUUUAAAAGUCAAUUUGAAAAAUCCCUCCUUUUUGGGACCACCCUAAUUUUGAUAGAUUUCACCACCAGGGGUGCAAAUGAGACCAUGAUUUAUCUCCUAACUUGUUCAUAUGGAGGGUACUUUUCCUUGUUGAUGUCUCAAGAAGGGUAGAAAUACAAGCACACACACACACACACACACACACACACACACACACACACACACACACACACACACACACACACACACACACACACA